GAGCUUGCACAAAUAUAAUUAAAUCAGAUAGGAGAGGACAUGGACGAACGAGAAGAUGUGACGGAGCGCGCGUGCACAGGCUGUGGCGGGAGGAUUCAGGACGCGUUUCAUGUGAAGGUUCUUCAAGACGCCUGGCACAACUCAUGCUUUCAGUGUUCUGUUUGCUUUGAUCUCCUGACAAACUGGUACUUUGAGAAAGAGGGGAGGCUGUACUGUCACAAACACUACUGCGAGAAGUUUGGGGAAUUGUGCCAUGGCUGCUCGCUGCUUAUGACUGGACCUGCUAUGGUGGCAGGAGACUAUAAAUACCAUCCCGAAUGCUUCGUGUGUUUAAGCUGCAGAGUGGUGAUUGAGGAUCAGGAUUCCUAUGCCUUAGUGGAACGUAUUAAACUCUACUGUGGUAAAUGCUACAAGCAGGUGGUCCUAACACCAAUGCUGGAGAAGCGGGGUUUGGUUGACUCUCCAACGGACCUGCUCCCUCACACAGUGACUCUGGUGUCCAUGCCUGCUGCCACCAAUGGCAAAAGAGGUUUCUCUGUCAGUGUGAUUAGAGACUGCACCAGUGCCACGGCCAGUGUUCAAGUCAAAGAGGUCAGAGGGAUGCAUAUUAGUCCAGAGGUUCGGAACGCCAUCCAUGUUGGGGACCGAAUUCUGGAGAUCAAUGGACUCCCAGUGUCAGCUCUGAUGGAGGAGGAGGUGGAGGACUUGAUCCAUCGGACCAGUCAGACACUGCAGCUGUUGAUGGAAUAUGAUCCAGUCAGACAGCGUCUGGACCGGCUCCGCCUGGGCUCCUGCAAUCAACUGGGUGUUCCCGCAGCUUCCCGUAUGCGUAUGUCCUCCUCAGCAGAUGCUGAGAUUGAACGAAGUGUCACAGUGGGCAAUGGGACGUUAAAAAGGAGGUCCCUCAGACGUAGCAACAGCACCUGCAAGUCUCCAGUGUCUUCAUCUCCAAAGGACCCUCCGAUUCUAACUCGAGAUAUCGGGCGCUCUGAAUCCCUACGUUCUACUUCCAGUUGCUCCCACCGUAUAUUCCGUCCCUGUGACCUCAUCCAUGGAGAAAUCCUAGGAAAAGGCUUCUUUGGACAGGCCAUCAAGGUGACCCAUAAAGCCACAGGUGAGGUGAUGGUGAUGAAGGAGUUGAUCCGCUGUGAUGAGGAGACACAGAAAACAUUCCUAAAGGAGGUAAAAGUGAUGAGAAGUCUUGAUCACCCACACGUUUUGAAGUUCAUUGGGGUUUUGUACAAGGACAAGCGGCUUAAUCUGAUAACGGAGUUCAUUGAGGGAGGCACUUUAAAGGAUUUUAUCCGAGAUGCGGACUCAUUCUCAUGGGAACAGAGAGUUAGUUUUGCAAAAAGCAUUGCAUCUGGAAUGGCAUAUCUGCAUUCAAUGAGCAUCAUACAUCGAGAUCUCAACUCUCACAACUGCCUGGUCAAACUGGACAACACUGUCGUUGUGGCAGACUUUGGUCUGUCUCGUCUAAUCAUGGAGGACAAGGUCAAACAGCCAACCCCUGACAAACCAGCCAAUAAAAAAAGACUGUUUAGACGCAUUGACCGUAAGAAACGCUACACGGUGGUGGGGAACCCAUACUGGAUGGCUCCAGAAAUGCUUAAUGGUAAACGCUAUGAUGAGAAGGUGGAUAUUUUCUCCUUUGGCAUUGUGCUUUGUGAGAUUAUUGGUCAGGUUUAUGCAGAUCCCGAGUGUCUCCCGAGAACGCUGGAUUUCGGGCUCAAUGUGAGAAAAUUCAUUGAGAAAUUUCUUCCUGAGCACUGUCCUCCGGCUUUCUUCGCAUUGGCUGUGGCUUGUUGUGAUCUCACCCCUGACAACAGGCCUGCUUUUCAGAAGUUGGAGGACUGUUUUGAGGCAUUGACUCUGAAUCAGGAGUUGAAUAUCCCACUGCCUGCAGAACUGGAUGAUCUUCAGCAGAAGUUUUGGAGGACUUAUGGACCCAGUGAAAUUGCGUCUGAAAACCAGGAGAACAUCAUAAACUAAUCCAACAGCAGCACAGGCUGAGAUAUGGGCUGGAAUCCUUUUUAUUUUCUGGAUUAGUUUACAGAACUGAAUCGGAGCAUUUACCUUGG